CUUUUACCCAUAAGCUCCUUCACAAGUUACUGUGCAGUGUUUCAAGAGGUGUCUGGACGACGUGCUGCGUGAUAUGGCUUAGUGCAGGUGGUGGCAAUGGUGAUGAGGAGAUGGUUGGGCUAGAUGAUCUUGUAGGUCAUUUCCAACCUUGUGAUUCUAUGAUUCUAUGUCUUUUCUAGAGAAAUGAGAGGAAAGGGAUUUUAGUACUGGCCUCUGGUAACAGCUUUGGUUGAUCGAUCACUGGUGCCACCAAUCCAUCCAUCCAUGUGAAAGCUCUUUCUGAAGCCAAGGCCAUAGUGAUGGAGCGUGAACUUCAGGCUGGGCUGCUAGAAUUUAAAUCUGAGUCCUGUUUUUCCUUAGGGGACAAUGAUGGUUUUGUGACCCAGUGUAACCCUACAUCUGGGUUACACCAAAAACCACAUUUACAAAGAACCAUGAAGCAUCUGCAGGAGGGAGUGAGCUAAUCCUGCCAGCACACAGCCAUGACUAUUUGUGCCCAUGCUGAAGACCCAGCAUGCACAAACCAGAAACCCCACUGGUAUCCAAGGGACAUCAUCAUCUCUCCCCACUUCCUCCCCUUUCAGAUGCACACAUCCAGACCAUAAACUGAUUAGAUUGUUGCUUUUACAAUUAAUCUUCUUGCAAUUAUUUUUUUUUUUAAUGUUUGUUUAUGGAUGCCACGUUGCUCCCACCAUAAAACAUGGGACUUUCUCUGCUCCUGCACUGUAAAUCGAGGUCUCUAAGUUGUAGAGCAAUUUAUCACUGACCAUUGCCCAGUUUUAUGUUAAUGUUUGAACAUGGCAAUAAAGGAAUUACAUCAUCUUACCUCUGACCAACUUUAGGGCAAAAGGUCCUUAUAAAACCAAGCUGUGCAUACCAGCAAGGCAUCUUCUCUUGUGUUGGGAGCACAGAAAGCCUUCCAUCAUGAGCUUCACUGGAAAGUACGAGUUCCAGUCCCAUGAAAACUUCGAGCCUUUCAUGAAAGCCCUUGGGCUUCCUGAUGAUCAUAUCCAGAAGGGUAAGGACUUGAAGAGUGUCUCAGAAAUUGUGCAGAAUGGGAAUAAGUUCAAGAUUACUUUUACUGCUGGCCCCAGAGUAAUGACCAAUGAGUUCACCAUUGGGGAGGAGUGUGAGAUGGAUCUGCCGACAGGAGAGAAGGUCAAGUGUGUUGUCAACAUGGAAGGUAACAAUAAACUGGUUACUAACCUGAAGGGGCUGAAAUCCGUGACCGAACUGAACGGAGACACCAUCAUCCAUACCAUGACAAAGGGAGACCUCACCUACAAGAGAAUCAGCAAGAGAGUCUAGAGACCCUGCACAAACUUAUCAUUUUACUGUGUAGAAUGAGUUCCAUUAAAGUAAAAUUU